UGAUACUUUAUCAAUCACACAGCUACGCAAGCACAUGUUUUCGUCUAAACGACUGCGUUUUAUAGGUAGUCAGAUGAAUCAAGUUAUCAGAUAAUCCAAAUUCAACACCAACGUUUCUUCCAAGCUUCUCCCUCUCUCUCUGAUCAUCAUCGCCCAUCCCUUCCAUUUUCGAUUCUCAAUCAAAGCUUCGCAGCUCCAUCUUUCCAAUCAAAGUUUAGGUAAGUGCAUGCAGUAGUUUUGUUGAUGAAUGGCUUCCUCUGAUGGUAGAGUUGCGUACUCUUCACUUUCUAAGUUAGAAAAGGGGAAACCCCACUUUGGUUAUGAUGAUAUGAAUUUCAAGGGCGAGUCUACAUGGUCUGAGCCUGAGCCUGAGUCUGGCACCACUAGUGGACCAUUAGCCGCAACGUUCACAAACCGAGAGAUUUCUUAUGAUUCAUAUAAGUUUUCUUAUGAGGAUGAUGAAUUGUUUGAUGGAGGUUAUGUGUCAAAUGAUGAGGCUCGCUGUGUUACCAGUUCUAACAUGACUCCUGAUGUGAAUUUGAAGAAUGUGCUUUCUGGGAUUUUUUCUAUUUUGACUGGACGAAAUAAGGCUCCAAGUGUUGAUGAAAAUCAGCAAUUACCGAGUUCGAAUGUAUCGUUUCUUGGCUCUGGAAAUGAUGGGGAUGUUUUUCUUGAUUCUUCUGUGUACACGCCAAGUGCACCACCGCUUUUUCUGCCGAAUGGGGCUGAAUAUAGUUCCUACAAGGAGGUACUUGAAGCUGAACCACCCGAGUGGCUGCCUGAUAGUUCUACUACUGUUUGUAUGCAGUGUAAUGCUCCGUUUACUGCACUUACACGGGGAAGACAUCAUUGCCGGUUUUGUGGAGGGAUUUUUUGUCGAGUAUGUACAAAGGGGCGGUGUUUAUUGCCUGUUAGGUUCAGGGAAAGGAAUCCUCAGAGGGUUUGUGAUUCAUGCUAUGAUAGGCUCGAUCCUUUACAAGGCGUUCUUAUCAACACCAUAAGCAAUGCUGUGCAGUCAGCGAAGCAUGAUGUCAUGGAUUGGACUAGUGCUAGAGGGUGGCUUAAUCUUCCUAUUGGUUUAUCUAUGGAGCAUGAGAUAUAUAAAGCAUCCAAUACAUUGAGAAACUACUGUCAGGUGGCCAAAUCCAAUCCUGAGAAGUCCAUCCCUUUAUCUGUUCUCAAAAGUGCCCAAGGUCUUGCAAUUUUGACGGUUAUCAAAGCUGGUGCACUGGUAUCUUACAAAGUGGGUACUGGUUUGGUUGUUGCACGGAGACAUGACGGAUCAUGGUCUGCACCAUCAGCUAUAUUCUCAUUGGGUUUAGGAUGGGGUGCUCAGAUUGGCGGUGAACUUAUGGAUUUUAUAGUUGUUCUUCAUGAUACGAAAGCUGUGAAGACGUUCUGCAGUCGCAUGCAUUUUUCUCUUGGGGCUGGUUGCAGUGUUGCAGCAGGGCCUAUUGGGAGAGUGGCCGAGGCAGAUCUUCGUGCUGGUGACAGGGGCUCUGGCAUGUGUUACACUUACAGUUGCAGUAAAGGUGCAUUUGUAGGAGUGUCAUUGGAAGGGAAUAUAGUUGCAACCCGAAUGGAUGCCAAUCUACGGUUUUAUGGUGAUCCUUAUCUCACCACAUCUGAUAUUCUACUAGGCCUGGUGGACAGACCAAAGGCUGCUCAACCAUUAUACACCGGUCUUCGAGAUUUAUAUUCAAGUUUACGCCACUAGUCCCUCUCAGGCUUCAGUUGCAGGAUUGCACAUCUUUCAUUCUGUCAGCUGCUUGUGGAUUGUCAAAUACUUCCCAUUGUACAUAUAUACAGUUCUAGCUCAUGUAUGAAGUUCUGAAAUGCUAUUCCCUUGCCAAUUUGAAAAUCUUCUUUAUGGUUCAUUGUAUUAUAUAGUUAUUUCUGUUAAUGUAAAAUGGCCAAUACAAAUUUAUACUCAUACACAACUGGUGGUUCACGAUU